AAAGACACUAAAAAGACAAAAGAAAGAACAAUGCAAUCGGCGAAACAGAAGAUAAGCGAUAUGGCUAGUACAGCCAAGGAGAAGAUGGUUAUAUGUCAAGCAAAAGCCGAUGAGAAGGUUGCGGAAAAGGUGAUGGCAAGGACGAAAGAGGAGAGAGAGAUAGCACACGAGCGUAGAAAGGCAAAGGAAGCAGAGGCUAAGAUGGAUAUGCACAUGUCUAAAGCGGCUCAUGCCGAAGACAAGCUUAUGGCUAAGCAAUCUCACUACCACGUCUCUCAAGGUCACGUGCCUGUGCCGGCUCUGACGCCGGUUAUGGGGCAUGGUUACGGGCAUAAUCCUCCCGGAGUUACCUCUGUAGCUCCAGCAGCGGGACAUGGUUACGGGCAUAAUCCUCCCGGAGUUACCUCUGUAGCUCCAGCAGCUGCUUAUCCUCCGACAAAUACAAUGACGGGGCAUCAACAUCAUCCGGGGCAUCAACAUCAUCAUCAUCCCUAUGGAAACGUUUAGCGAAUUUUUUUUUUUAUAUAAAAAAUGUUGAAUAAGUAAUUAGGCGUUUAGAUCGAUGUUCUUUGGGACAUUGACUAUUGUGCAAAUGUUUUUAUGUAUUUGCUCGUUUUGUUUUCUCAAUUUUAUUAAUAUUAACGUUGAUGUUUCAAAUUAAUAUUUAACGAUCGUUGCACGUUCAGAGAU